UUUUGUUUGUUCAUUUAUUUUCUGCCGGCAAAAAUAUAUGUUUAUAUAUUUCGACUUUGACGGUUGUAUUAUGCUAUCUUCACCGGUUUUACGUACGUACUGUUUCUCUUGUCGUUUUAUAUAGCCUUGUGGUUUAUGGCAUUGGUAACUACAACACUAUUUCAGCGGCAUUUAGACUUGCGAGCAUACAUUAGCUCGGUUCUAUACUUCUAUAAAACCUACGGGGUUCAGUUUUGUUGUUUGUUCAUACGCUGUUUGUUUUUCCAUUACCUUGAGCAUUUCCAUAAAUUACUUGCAGAUUUCCAAGGAAGAACACGUUUCUGGGUUCUUUGUACUAAUUACAUUGGGUCCUUGGGGUUAUGCUGGUAAAGGAGCCAAUUCUGUUUUACUUUGCAGUUCUUGAUGGUUCAAUGUGGUUCCUUCACAAUUCUGGGCUUGUUAUGAGCAAAGACCUACAUAUUAAGGGAUAGCCUAAAAGGGUUUUCUUAAGAGGUCAUUUAAGAUCAGUUGGUUUCUUUGAAAGAUUCAUAUGGCUGCAGUUGAAGAUUUAGACAUUGAAAGUGGAGGCAAUACUAGUCAAGAAGAUGCAGGCUUGGAGCUUCUUUGGAGCAAGAGACUCAAAAACAAAUUCUUGAAUAGUAAUUUGGGGGUGUUUUUGAGUUCCGGUGAGUCAAUUAUGUGCAAAUAUGGCAUUCAAUCAUCUAGGAGUUUGGAAAGAUAUGGCCAAGUUAUGAUUGAAAGUGGGGAGGUAAAGGUAGUAAUGAAUUCAGAAGAGAGUCGAGGGCAUUUGAACCUUGCAGAAAAAACAUAUGAGAAUGAGAGGCACAGGAAUACCAACUCUAGGAAUGCUCUGAAGCCACCGCGACCUCCUAAAGGUCCAACACUCGAUGCUGCUGAUCAGAAGUUGGUUAGGGAGAUCGUGGAGCUUGCUAGGAGAAAGCGAGCAAGAAUUCAACAAAUUAAGGCAGCAAAGAAGACGAAAGCAACCAAGUCAUCAUCUGUGCAAAGUGGCAUAUCUGCCAUGAUCAUCACACUAUUGUUCUUCUGUGUCAUAAUAUUUGAAGGUGUAAGCUCCACAACUGUUCCAAAUAUGAAUACACAAGGGUCUCCAGAGCCAGCAGUUGAAACAGCUGGAGAUUUAAUUUUUCUUCAUUACUCCCAAAGCACGAUACCUCGUUCUAGCUUUCAGAAUUCUGUCAAAGACCAGGUUUCUCGUUCAGGUCCGGGUGAAAAGGUGAUGAAGAUGUAGGAGUUGCUGGCAUUUUACUGUCAUGCAAAAUCAUAUUCUGUUCUCCAUUUGGUAAUACCGCAUCACCACACGGCUGUCACUCUUUUGUACAUUGAACAGCCCAAAACUCCAAGAGAUUUUUGACAUAGUUAUCAUGUACAGUAGCUUAGUUCAAUUGGUUGAUGAAGGAUUUUACCAAAGGAGAAGAGAGGCAAAUCAAAAGGUGAAGAACAACAUGGUGAUUGUGCAACCGUCUAGAGGAGCCUAGUAAGAAAUAGCUGAGAUCAGAGCUAUUCAUGUCGGUUGUAAGUUCAUACUUGUUCACAUUCACCUAGUGAACUGCUUUGGACUUGCCCUUCAGGAGUUAAAUUCCACAGUUGUUUACCUCAGUUGACGGUUUUACUGCGUUAACAAAUUAUUAAUAUGCUCUUUAUCUCUUCGUUA